AUGUGCGGGCGGCGUUGGUUGCAGAAUUGCCGCUUGACCCCAACACACCCGGCGCACGCAAGAGCUUGGCUUUGCUCUUGUCUGCGUGAAGAUCAGCUGACUGAGAAACAAAAGCUCGAGGCAAAGAUGACCAACCAAACCAGGUUGUUGCAGACUUCGGAGCAUCACGCAAUGAGGAUUGCUGUGGAGAAGGUCACGGGCAAGUUGCGAGACAAAGAGGCCUCCUCCAAGCAGCUGAUCUCGGUGCGCCUCGAGCAAGUACCUCAGGCAGAGGACCUCAAAGAGGUCACAAGCCUUGACGAGGGGGAAAUUGAAUCACUGGCCGCCACCAUUGAUCCAGCUUCGGCUACGCUCAGAAUUCGCAGCGGGAAAAAGACCGUUGCCACGCCUAAGAACGCUGAGGAAUUACGGCUAAGGCAUCGCCGUAUCGGGUUCAGUUGGCAGUUUGUGGCAACAUUCAGAAUAUUUCCAGACUGGAUCAUGGGUGCGCAGGUUGCCGGUCCUGAGAUUUGA